CAUGCAGACCGUCAGGACCGCUGAUGUGUGUGUGUGAACUGGGGAUUUACUGAAUGUGUGUGUGUGUGUGUGUGUGAUACUCUCAGUUUCAGUGCACAGACGGAGCAAUCCUGUGUGUCCCAGAGAGAAUGUAAAGUGAAUUGAAGGAUUAGAGGAGUGUUUUUUUGUGUGCGUGUGUGUGUGUGUGUGUGUGGCACUGGUCUGGAAUACUAAGUGGAUAUGUGAUCAAAUCUGGAUUGAGCUGCGAUGCCUACGGAAGAUUAUCCAUUCUCCGCUGAUGUUCUGCCGCCGCUCCCGGAGGUCCCUGUUGGAGGGGCGGUGCUAAACCAGGUGUCUGGUCCAAUCAGAAGCUCCGCCUUGAGAUACUGCUCCUCGCGCAGCAUGGACUCCACACACUGCACUGACCGACCCGUCAGCUACGGCUCCACGUCCUCAUCAGCCUCAUCCCGCGACAGUCACUGCUCACUGGGGGGACGGCCGGUGUUAGGUUCCACCCCCGAGCGGGACCGUGAUUCUGGAGCUAUCCGACUGGAGCUGGUGCCUGCCCGGCAGCUGGAGGAGGAGGAGGAGGAGUCAGGGAGGAAGACACGCAAACUUACCAAUCAGGAUGCAGAGAUUCAGUCGCCAGAGGGACGUAAAGUCCAGUAUGUGGACCGAGUGGUGGAAGAAAUUCUGGAGACCGAAAAAACCUACGUCCAAGAUCUUCGCAGUAUAGUACAGGAUUACCUGGACUGCAUCAGCAACCAGUCCCUUCUGCUGCUGGGAGAUGAGGAGAGGAACUCUUUAUUUGGGAAUAUCCGGGACAUCUACCGAUUUAACAGUGAGCUGCUUCGUGACCUGGAGAAGUGCAACGCCAACCCAGUCGCCAUUGCAAAGUGUUUUGUAGCCAAGAGCGAAGACUUCCACAUCUACACGCAGUACUGCACAAAUUAUCCAAGGUCCGUUGCUGUCUUAACGGAGUGCAUGCGGAACAAAAUGGUGGCAAAGUUUCUGCGAGAGCGCCAGGAAAGUCUUAAACACUCCCUUCCUCUCGGCUCCUACCUGCUUAAACCUGUCCAGAGGAUCCUAAAGUACCAUCUACUUCUGCAUGAGAUUGCCACUCAUCUGGAGAAGGACUCAGAGAUGUAUGACGUGAUCCAGGAGGCCAUUGACACCAUGCAGAGGGUGGCCUGGCACAUCAAUGACAUGAAGAGAAAGCAUGAGCACGCAGUCAGGCUGCAGGAGAUCCAGAGUUUGCUUACUAACUGGAAGGGGCCUGAUCUGAUUGGCUAUGGCGAGCUGGUUCUCGAGGGCACGUUUCGCAUCCAGAGAGCAAAGAACGAGAGGACGCUAUUCCUGUUUGACAAACUUUUGCUGAUCACCAAAAAACGUGAAGAGACCUACACAUACAAGGCCCACAUUCUGUGUUGUAACCUAAUGCUGGUAGAAGUCAUACCUAAAGAGCCUCUGAGCUUCAGCGUGUUUCACUACAAGAACCCCAAACUUCAACACACUGUGCAGGCGAAGUCUCAACAGGAUAAGAAAAUGUGGGUCCUGCAUCUAAAACGGCUGAUCCUUGAAAACCAUCCAGCCAAAAUACCGGCCAAGGCUAAGCAGGCCAUUCUGGAGAUGGAUACUGCAAACCACCCAAGUUUUAAUUACAACUCUGAUGACAAGAGAUUGAACACUAAAGAGGGUCCCUCACCCCGGAGAGUACGCAGGAAGACAGAGCCCUUAUCUAAGUUACUGAAGAACUCCAAACACAUCAUAUCCAGCCCAGAUAUACAGAAGCGCUCUAGUUUUGGGGUCACUCUGCUGUCACCGGUCGCCAGUUUGGGUUCUAUUGGCCGAUCCCGCAGUCUAGUCAGCGAAUCAGAGGAGUCUCUGGACCCUGGUGAUCACAGUGAUGUAGACGAUGAGCCGAACACACAGGAUGCUGAUGAUGAGGACGACACUGGAUUGAGCUCUGGGGGGAAGCUGAGAGUGCCAGGAAAAGGAAGCCGAAAAAGACUAAACCAGCAAGUGUCGGUGGACAGCAUUGAACAGUGGAGAAACAAUGACCUCACCCAUGCAGACCUCCAGACUGCUAAACAGUCCCUGAAAAAUAAGGUCAUCACCCCACCUAUCCUACGGGUGACUGCACCUCCUGAAUCAGACGGAGGAGAUGAACACCUCCGUGCCAUGUUGGGAACAGGACAGGCACCUGCUUUCUGCAAUAUUUGGACAGAUCAUCGAGUCCGAAGGGCUAUGUUUCCCACUCGCCAGAAGAGUUUUCAAAUCGAUGACGAUGAAGACAUCUAUCAGAUGUUCCUGCCAACAGAGAAUGAUGUAAGCAGUCACGAUGCCGAGAGUGACCACGAGACUGCUGAUCAUCCAGAAAGACCCUGUAGCUGGCAUGUAGAACAGACAAAAACAUCACGGCUAGGCCUUCCAGCAAGAGGAGUCCUUCGCAGGGCUAACAGUUUUGGAGAAGAGCCGAGUGAGCAACAAAUUCCUACUAAGCGACCCCUGGAAGAGGAAGAGAUCAAUAACCAGACUGAGUCUUCAAGCAAUGAAAUCUCAGGGUCAUCGUCUGCUGAGCAGUUAACAGCUGAUGAUAUCGAGAAUGUUUAUGAUAACAUUAGUUACGAAGAGCUUCAAGCCAUGGGACUAAUCCGAAAGGAUCAAGUUAACCAUGCAGUUCCUGAGGUCAAACCUAUGAUAGCACCACAAGUUAUUAUAACUCCAACUGAGACGGAGAGUUCAUGUGGCAGCAAUAGGUCUUCUGGUCAAGAAGGGGAGCCGUUUGAGACUUGUGAGCUGCAAAUUGUUGAGAAUGAGGAGAAUGUCUAUGACACUAUUGUCUUUCAGGAGUGCCCAGUCAUUACAGCUCCGCCUGAUCAGGGAAAACCAGCCAAUGUGCAAAGAUCUGAGGCUGAUAUUAUAGCUACCCAGAAAUUAGGAGGGUUUGAAUCUGAGGAAAACCCCUGUCCUAGAAAUAAGACAGAUUUUGAGCAUCCACACAUUCCUUCCGACACUGAAACAUCUCAGCUUUCCGCAGCUGAUAAUACAUUGGAGCAAGUGGAUGAGAUCUGGACGGAUUUGGAAAACUACAUUCGAAAAAAUGAAAAGAAGCCAGACAAACUUCCGGCUGCAUUUCCUGUAAGUGGAACAGACGCCACAUGUAAAACAAAAGACUCUCCUGAAAAAUCAUGUGAUUCCCCAAACAAAGCACAAAAAUCACACAACUCCCCAAGUAAAACAAGCAGGUUGCAACAAAAGGAUAAUGAUUCCCAAUGCAAAGCACUAGAAUCUCCAAGUAAGAAAGCAAAUUCUGCACAAAGAUCAAGUGAUUCUCCAUGUAAAUUACCAUUAAAAACCCUCCCUGUUGGUACACCUGGUUCCCCCAUCCCACCAGCCACUAAGCCCCCUCCAGCUCUCCAGAUCCCCAUCAUCAACCUUCCAGAAAAUAUUUUGGAUGAAAAUGAUGGAGCAUCUUCUCCUGCAGCACCUUCCCUCCCUCUGCCCCCGACCCCUGAGCCUCAGCCGGGCACGGUGAAGAGCAUUCGCAAUAAACUCGCAAGACUAAGCAGUGGGAGCUUUCGGGAUGAUGAUGACAUCCCUUCACCAAAGGACUCAGAGCUUCAUGUCCUGUUUAGUAGCCUAGACGCUGGAUCUUCUAAUCUGCUGCUUAGUCCGGAAGCAGGCGACCAGUUUCUUGACCUUGGGGAAAAAGGCAAGAACAGAGUAUUCCUCAUGGCUAGGCAGUACAGUCAGAAGAUCAAAAAAGCCAAUCAGUUGCUGAAGAUGAAGAGCAUGGACCAUGAGCCCAGUUGUGCUAAGCUCAAGCUCAGCAAACAAAAAGACCUGGCAGCCAUACUGGAGGAGAAGAAACAAGGUGGCAGUGCAAUUGGUGCAAGAAUAGCAGAGUACUCGCAUUUGUAUGAACAUGUUGUUUUUAAGGGUUCUCCAACCAGUACUCCAAUGCUGAAGUCAUCUAUCAGUCUUGCAGGCCCGCAUCCACUUUUCCCCAGCACCACUUCAUCCCCAUUCUUUUCUGAGAGCUUGACUCAAGAUUCUGACUGGUUAAACUGCACAUAUAGUAAUGGAGAACUUGCUGAUUUUGUGUCGUGGCCAGCAGAAACUUCAACCCCGCAGCGAGGAAUGACCCCUGCGAGUUCUAGUCCUGCGCUGAAGAACCUUCCACCUACUCCCAGCACUCCUCCCAAUCAACGCUGGAGUGCUUGUGUGACACCAAGUAAAGAUGACUCUGAACACAUUUACAGUUCAAUUGGGCCAAGGACCGCUAAGGUGUCCUCCUAUAAUCGCUGCAAGUCCUCAUCUUCAUUGAUAGACCAUAUUGAAAAUGUGAGCAGCAAGGGUCAGUGUACUGGGAUGUGGGAGGGGAACGGUAAAGAAGCAAGGACACAAGUGCCUCGUCAGCACAGCCUCCCUGAAUGUCCAGUCCAGGGGAAAUCAGAGCCCUCGACGCCAUGUGAUAUUACACUGCGGGACUCACAGCAAAUCCUGGUGCUGAACAGGCAGGCACCGCUGAAUGCUCAAAGUGCCACUGAGAAUUAUCUGGCCAACUUUAAAGAUACCGGAGAUGACGAUGAUGAUUAUGUAGAGAUCCGUUCUGAAGAUGAGGGUGAAGAGCAGAAGAAAGAAUUGGCAGGCACUGCGGGCAGCAUGCAAACCCUUGUGAAAGGACAGCAGGUUUCUACUAGCACUGAUAUGGCUCUGCAGGGUUACAUGUGGAAUGAUCCAGAUUGCAGCCAGCAAGGUCUAAAUCAACCCACUAUUGUUCAGUCACUGAGGGAUAAGUUCCAGUGUCUCGGAUCAAGCAGUAUUGUAUAGGAAGCAUGAAUGAUCACAAACAUAGCAAGGAGGGGACAAGACACAACAAAAUCAAACUUGCACAUGGAACAUGUUACAAAACUUUAAGACACAACAUAAAGCACAUGAACAUUUUAACUGCAAUUCAUUGUACUUUAUUGAGCUCAAUGCACUCAACGAUAACACAAAACGAUUUAGCAUUACUCUCAUCUCUACUCUUAAACUGUAAGAUCUAAAGAAGAACACUGUACACAAUUUAUUUUCUUUCUCUUUUCUUUAAUAUGAAGAAGCAAUAUCACAAGACUUUCAGUGUAAAGGUGAUAUUAAGACUGUUUUGCGUAAGGCGCAUAUGGAAGCCCGUUCCCGCCACUGAAUAAAAAAAAAAUUUAAGUGAAAAAAAAAGUUUAAAAAAAAAAAUAAUAAAUUAAGUCGCAAUUCUGAGUUAUAAAGUCGCA